AUUUUAUAUAAAUAAAACCCUAAUCUAAACUCCGCCAUUUUAGUAUACUGAGCUUACAUUCUUUAACUUUUCAGUUCAGUGAGAGAGUUUUAUAGUUGCUGUUCUUGAGUUCAGAAUUACAGUCAUCAUGAAGAGAAAAUUUGAUUUAAAUACGAUCAUGGAAGAAGAAGAAAUACAAUUUGGUUCGGUUUAUAACAAUGGAGUUUCUUGGUUGAGAGGUUCGUUGCUCGGAAAAGGAGGGUUUGGGUCGGUUUUUAUUGCUAAACUGAAAAAACUAGACUUAAAUACUAUGUAUCGUCCGAUCAUGGCGGUUAAAUCGGCUGAGGUUUGUGAAUCAAGUUCCUUGCAGAAGGAGAAAGAAAUUUACGAUGAUCUUUAUGAUUCUCCUUAUAUUCUUCAAUGCCUUGGCGAAGAAACUACUACUGAUCAGUAUGGUCGUAAGUUCUACAACGUUCUGUUAGAGUACGCUUCUAGCGGAACCCUAGCUUCUCUGAUCAAGAAAUCCGGCAGCGGUGGGUUGCCUGAAUCUGAUGUGAAGAGAUAUACAAGGUUUAUUCUUAAAGGAAUUCAUUAUAUUCAUAGCCAUGGCUAUGUGCAUUGUGAUUUAAAGCCUGAGAAUAUCUUGCUUGUGUCUAAUGAUGGCUCUGUUGAUGGUAAAUUUGUUCCAAAGAUAGGCGAUUUCGGGUUGGCGAAGAAAAUUGUGAAAAAUAGGAAGUUUGGAGAUUCUUACACUGGAGGGACUAUUGCGUAUAUGGCGCCGGAGACUGCGGCCGACCAAAUUCAGGAGACUCCGUGUGAUAUUUGGGGGCUCGGAUGCAUUGUUUUUGAGAUGUUAACAGGCAACAGGGUUUGGGAUUCACAUGCUGAUUCCUACGGAUUUCCCGAAAUUCCAUCUCAGGUUUCGAAGGACGCAAAGGAUUUCUUGAAAUCUUGUUUAGUGAAGAACCCUGCUUUUAGAUUCACUGCUGAGAUGUUAUUAGAUCAUCAAUUCUUAUCAGGACUCGGCGAUGAUUACGAAAGGCAAGGAUCGGAGGAUGAAGUGUUGAAGAACUCAGUGGAGACGUUGUAUGAUUCUGGCUGUUCACAUGAAAUCUAUGAAUCGGAGGAUGAAAUGUCGAAGAAUUCAGUGGAGGAAUACAUUGCUUGUUCUAUAGUACGGGGCUUUUUCAAUAAGGCUCGCGCCAAACUCAACUCAAAGCCUCAGAUUCUCACGAAAAAGGCAAUCAAUGAAGUUGAAUCGUUGUAUGAUUCUGAUUGUUCAGAGUUGUGCUUCUCUAGCUGCAUUGAUGAUCAUGUAACUCAUGAAUCGGAGGAUGAAGAGUCCACGAAUUCAGUUGUCAGACUGUGUGAUUCUGAUAAGCUUGGAAAUUACACAAAUGUGGAUCUGCUUCUUGCCUCAUACUAUGGCUCGUGUGUGACAGGGAUUGCCUCAUGAGAUGUUUUAGUUUAUAGGAAUUGAAAUUGUUGGAAACUCAUGUAAAAAAUUGACGUU